UAAAGGAAGACGCAGAGAGAACUGUCCUUGCUUAAAGCUUAUUUUUACGAUGGCCAAUGACAAUGUGACACUUCCGUCUGAGUUGAACAAAUUGUUUUGUUCACCCCCUAUGGGACUGGUGCUGUUUGGAGUUCUUGGUGCAAUGCUGGUAUUCUCACUAUCUGUGAAUAUUUUCUGCUGUGUAUCACAAUGUUGCUCAGGAAAAGGGACAUGUCAAAGAAAGAGUCGGGGUCAGAGGCAGAUGGAAGAAAAUCCUAUUUAUGGAAACAUAAACUUCAUGCAAACAAGUACAGAUGUGCCUUCGUUCAGAGAUGAUAAUCCUCAACACUCGUCUGUGAGGGACGAACAGAGAACCAAACCUCAGGACUGCUAUGCUAAUCUGAGUCUGAAACCCCCGAGACCACAGUCUGGCCGCAGCUCUCCACAGAUAAAGAUGUACUCAGAUGUAGCUCAGUCAGAGACUGAGAUGGCCCUGGAACCAGAGAAAGAAGAUGGAGGCAACACAGAUGCCGUCUCCACCAUGUCUGAUUUAUAUGCGUCUGUGCAAACUCAGCGCACAAAAACAAUCAUCACUGCAGACACUGGAGAGGAGUAUGCCAACCAUCUCUGAAAAAAGGUUACAGAUGCUUACAUGUAACAAAUGUACUUUUUGUAACAUGACCUGCAGCCACUAGAUAGCACUAUUUGUCAUCAUAUCACAAAUGACUUCUGUGGUGAUGGUGCACAUACUGUAUAUCUCUCAUGCAACUCACUGGUAGUGGAUUUACUAGAGAACAAUCAUUCAAUGCAGUUUUUGGAAGCUCAUUUUGGGGUUUUACUUAAAUCAAAAGAAAUACAGCUGGUGUUUGGUAAUGUAUUAGUUAGUGAAAUGAUACUCAUGGAUUAUUGAAGUGAAACGCUGCAUAUACAUAAAUAUGCAUUCAACAUUUAGUGAAAUAGCAUUUUUUUCAACUUUUACUUUCUCUGUUGAUCAAGUCAGGGAUGUUUGUCUGCUUUGACUCAUCCUAAUCUCUUCAAGGUUCAAUUAAGGUUGUGCACAUCUGAUAUGUUAAUGUUUAAACCUGCCUAAUCAAAGAAUCCUAGAUGCAUUUUGACCUGAUACAUUACUGAGACUAUAGCAAUUAUAACAACAAUGUUAAGAAAUAAGACGUAAACUUUGUUAGUCUCUAUCAUCAUAGUUUUGUUCAAUAAUUCAG